AUGUCCAGCUUUGUGGAUAUGGAGGAUGGAGUGAACGAGACAGAUGUUGCUACUGAGGGUCUGGUUUUCAUGGUGGUAGGCUUACAAGGCCACUGGAAGGCCCCAGCUGCCUAUUACCUUACCCAGUCAUUGUCACCUGUGACCCAGAAGCUUGGAAGCUUCCUGGAAGCGAGAGACAAAGAGCUGGAAGCCGAACAUGAGCCCAGUGUGGAGGGACACGCGUGUGGUCGGCGUGGCAGCGACCGUGGACUUGUUGUGUUUAUACGUUCACAACAGCCAGCUCCACGCCGCGGCUCGAAUGAAUCAGUUCACCGGCACAACAUGCCAAAAAGAAAAUCGAGGCUAACUACAGAGCUCCUGGAGCAAUACAGCUUUUUAAGAAAAGUUUCGGGAAACGAAAAUGCAGCAUUUUGUUCACUGUGUAAGAGUGAGUUUUCCGUUUCUCAUGGUGGAAAAGCCGACGUGCAGAGCCACAGCAAAACUAGCAAACACAAGAGGUGGGAACAGGCGGGAAGUAGCUCUGUUAGCGCAUUUUAUGGACCUGCAGCUGCUGGCGAUCAAGAACUUAAACGUGCUGCUCAGGAGGCCACAUUUGCCUACCACCUGGUGAGACACAAUCAAAGCUUUCGUUCAAUGGACUGUACAGCUGGUUUAAUACGGAAAUUUUAUGACCAACGUUUUACCUGCGCUCGCACCAAAGCUGAAGCAAUUAUUACGAAUGUGAUAGCGCCACAUGCAAUGGAUUUACUGAAGGAGGACAUCGCCGAUGCCAGUUUCAUCUCUGUAGCGGCGGACACGUCGAACCACAAGGCUGUAAAACUUGUCCCUGUUGUGAUUCGCUACUUCACGUUGAUCAGAGGUGUGAGCGUGAAGAUACUAAAGUUCGCCUCACUACCAGGUGAGACAUCCACCCUUCUAUUUAAUGAAGUUCAACGUAGCCUCUCUGCUUUUGACCUGAUGGAUAAAGUGGUUGGAUUUUGUGCUGACAACACCAACACAAAUUUUGGAGGGAAGGCAAGAAGAGGACAAAACAACGUGUUUUACAAACUUGAUCAAGCUACCCCAUGCAGCCUGGUUGGGGUAGGAUGCGCCGCACAUAUUGUGCACAAUGCUGUGCAGUCAGCAGCUGACACCCUUCCCUGUGACAUUGAGAACUUUGUUGUCAAAGUAUUUGGAUAUUUUCACAUUUACACCGUUCGGACUGAGGAGCUAAAAGAUUUUUGUGACUUUGUGGAGGUUGAACAUGCAACUCUUUUGGGAACAAGCAGAACUCGCUGGCUUUCACUUGGACCUGCUGUUGAAAGGGUCCUAAAGCUUUAUCCACCACUUCAGUCCUACUUCAGAUCUCAGGACAAAGCUCCCAAUACCAUCCUGAAGUUUCUUGAAGACCAAGUGUGUGAGGCAUGGCUUUGGUUUAUUCACAACCAGCUGACACCGUUCAAUGACACCAUAAAGAAGAUGGAGAAGGAGAAGAGUUCAGCCAUCCAUUCUGCCCAGCACAUCUCUAGUCUUUUGGAAAAGCUUAUGGAGAGAAAGGCUGCCCUCUUCAUGGGCUUGAAGGUGAAAAGUCUGCUGAGUGGUUUCCCAGAGCACCAAGUGAACGUGUUUAAGGCACGUGUCCAGAACUUCUAUGACUGCUGCAUCUCCUACUUACAGGAGUGGGGCUCUCCAUUCAGAGAUCUGAAGUGUCUUUCCUGGACACUACUGGACCACACACCUGAGUGGGAUGAGGUUGAAAGCUCCCUGAGGUAUGUCUCAACCAAGCUGCCACAAACUGACAUCAGUGAAACAGAGCUGUUUGAUGAAGUCACCAGUGUCAAAACCUACACAUCUGAAAAGCUUGAACAGUGGAAUACAACUUCAACAACUGCAGAUGAACGCUGGGCAGAGAUGUUCAGACAUUUUAAGCAGAGUCAUGUUCCGUUCAAAAACAUUUCUGCUUUGUGCCAGUUUGCAAUGUGCCUUCCUGGCACAAAUGCCCCUGUGGAGCGCAUUUUUUCAAUAAUGAACAAUACAUGGACUGAUGAGAGAAACUGCAUGUCGUUGGACACUUUGAAAGCACUGCUUAUUGGGUUAGGGUUAGGGUUAGGGUUAGCGUGUGGGUUUAGGGUUAGGGUGUGGUCGGCGUGGCAGCGACCGUGGAAUGUGAAAAGGCUGAUUUUGUGCGUAUUUUGUGUCCAAAACGUGUGA